CACAGAAGCACCGUGGCGAUUUCUAUCAUCGUUUAGCACCACUGAAGGUGAGACAUUUAUUCCGGGCACGUACCUGACAACGGACUGUCCUGAAGCCCCUAGGAAUCUCGCGCUCUUGUAGAGUGUGAGAGAGAGUAGCGCGCGCGCUGCACGGACCGCAGUGGAAUGUAGCGGGGAUUCCCGGCGCGGGGCAAGGUGACUGUCAAUCGUUCAUCAACGCCCCAAGAAAACACCUGAGUAGGUGGAGCAUGGCCAGUGGGAGUGGCUGGCGUUGCUAUGCCUAAAGGCACGUGGCGACGGUGUCCAUGGAGACAGAUGGCAGCUUCACUGAGGGGCACGGUCUGUCCCUCUUACAGGCAGAAGAUAGCGUGGGGGUCGGACUCGCACAGCAGGACGGGACGUGGCUGGGCUUCCGGGCUACACUGAGCGCUGUGCUGCUGCUGGAGUUGCUCCUGGGGGUGGGCGGCAAUCUGACCGUGCUGGUGUUAUACUGUGGUCACUGCAGCCUGUUGGAGUCCGUCAGCCAUGCCGUCACGCUCAGCCUGCACACCCUUGACCUGCUGCUCUGUCUCCUCUGCCUGCCGAUCACUGCCACGCUCCUCAUACUGGGCGGAGCCUCGGUUCCUCACCACGCCCUCCUCUGCUGUCUUCACGAAUCGGCAGCCAGCUUUGCCAGCGUAGGCACCGCACUCAACCUACUGCUCAUCAGCUUAGACCGCUAUGACAUCAGUGUCCGGCCAGCCAAUCGCCUGCUGACGCCUCGAAGGGCAACCGUUUUGCUUGUUGCAGUGUGGGCGAUUUCUUUAGCCAUGCCACUCCUACCAUUCGUGGAGGCGGGGUUUGUGUCGGGGCAAGGCGAGGGGGUGUUUCUGCACUCCAAUAGCACUGUGCUUUGUUCAGAGUGGGGAGGAACUCUGCAGGCUCAUCUGUUACUACAGGUUCCGGUGUUCCUGUGCUCUCUCGCUGUGAUGCUGUUUACAUACUCCCGAAUUCUUCAGGCACUGCGCAUCCGCAUCGGACGCACGGCCAGGCCCCAUCGAGACAGCAAACGACCUGGUCCUGGACUUCGCCUCUGGUUACGCUGUAAAAGGUCAAUGAGGUCGCCGGAUCACAUUACGACAAACACACCCACUUCCCCCCCGCCGCUUUCGACUGCACCACUUAUCACCUCAGAUGCAGUUACCACGGUAACCAUCAACACUGAGACGAACACUCCCUCGCUCACCACGCCCCUUAGCCCCACCCCCAUUGUGUCUGUGAUAACUUCGCCUUUAAGCCCCACUCCCACUGCAUCAAUGGCAACCACGCCUUUGAGUCCCACCGCAUCUGUGUCUGUCAUAACUAGCACCCACAUUCCCACCCUUGCUACAUCAUCAGUGGCCACGCCUUUGACUCCCAUGCCCACUGUGUCUACAGUAACCACUCAGCUAAGUCCCGCCCCCAUCCAGGGUCCAUCUAGCAUGGGUGUGGGCGCGUCAGUCUCGGCCAUUUUGGCUCUGCGUCGAGCGGUUCGGCGCCACCGAGAUCGAAGGGAACGUCGAAGGCGAGUCUUUCGCAUGUCCGUCAUCAUCAUCCUCUCGUUUCUGCUAUGCUGGGCGCCUCUCUCCAUCAUUCCUCUUCUCAUGCUGGCCAUCGGGCCGUCUGAUUGGCUAGAACGCCUGAGACUCUGCUUUCUGGUGCUCGCUUAUUGGACGGUAGUGCUACAUCCGCUGCUUUAUGCGUUCACGCGCCAAAAACUUCGCAAAGUUCUGCAUACCCGUCUGCGCAGGCUGCGGCCACAAAACACGCAGACUCGUAUUGGCACUAACACCAGGAUCCGUCGCAAGCACGGGGCAGAUUGCAGCGAUGCUACUGACCGCUGCCUGGCGGAGGCUGUUAGAGAGUGAGAGUUUGUGUGUAUGUGGUUUGUAACUAGGCUCACACGGAAUCUGAAUGCGCAUUCCCUUAUGUACACCAUCCAUCUGUCCAUUUAUUAAAUAUCUUGGAUUAUUUAAUUAUGCUUUUAGCAGCAAAUAUGAUUAUUUUCAACUCCUUUUAA